CCGUGAUGCAGCCUCGACUCUCUGUUUACCCCCGACGUGAUCGCGCCCGUUGAUCCGCAGGUACUGGCGCGGAGCGGCAGCUGCGGCGGUCUGUGCCUGUUCGUACCUGUUUGAAUAUUUUGCCCCGUGCUAGCGACUGCUCUCGAUCCAGUGUGUAACGAUUCGUCUUCCAGCGCGCAGCAAGCAGCUUCGGUCACGCCACACCGUUCAUCCGUUCAGUUCUAUCAGUGAAAUACCACCCGCCCUCUCUACCUUCUAGCGAGCCCAGGAGUGUUGCCAUUAAACUGCCACGCGUACGUGUACCCCAUCACAAAGUGUCUGACCCGUGGCGGAAAGUUCAAAGUGAAUCAAUAAUUAAUCGUCAAAACAUAAAGGAACGAGCAAAAAAACCCUUGCUACCGUGAUUAGCAUACGAUUCCUCUAAGUGAAAACGAAUCUCUUCCCUUAUCGCCGAAACGCCGACGCGGCUACCCGAAACGGCCUCUUCACCGAAAAAGCCUAUGAAGUUGUGCGGCACGUGGCGAUCGCGCUCCAUCGCACUUUCCAUCCAGCAAUCGAAGUGUGCAGACGGGUGUGCUGAGCUCUGAGGAGUCGGCUCCGGCGGCGACAGCUAAGUCUGGCUGGUGCAUCUCGUCUGUCCCGGCGGGCCACCACCCCCACCCGUGGUAGUCGGUGUCUGGAGCGCAUCGCAGCACGAGCAUGUGCAAGGAGCAGCUGGCCUACGCAGAUGACAAUUUUGCACCGCUGGCGUAGGGUGCCAACGCGGGAACCUCCUUAGGUAGGCGGCCUACUGCGCUUCCCUAACACCCGUUCGACGCUGCUUUUCCAACCAACCACCUAGUGCCAACGAUUACUAGACCAACGCAAGAGUGUCAAUCCAUCUCGAACCGAAUCGACGCUGCUUUCCCGAUUACAAUCUUCAAUUCCGCCGCCUCCUCUAUGGGCUAAGGGUUUGCGGGCCAGCGAAGGCACCGCUGCAGGCUCCCGACAUCCUUAUAUUGUUGCCAACCUUCCACCCCUCCCAGCCAGCAAUGUAUCAGGCCGCGCGCACCGUUGCGGCGUCGAGCUCGAGCCGGCUGCACUCCCCCGUUGCCUGGAGCCGCAAGUCCGUGCAGGAGGGCUACUACGAUCUCGAGGCGGGCGAAACGGAACGAACGCCCCUGCUGUACGUGCGCGACAAUGGACGCUACCGGGCGAAGAGCCUGCACCGUGCCAACGAUCCGAACCGGGUGCAUCCGGUCGCGCUGGGGCUGAUGGUGGCGCUGCUCGUCUUUCUGCUGAUCGGUGUCGUGAUCGGCGUCUAUCUGCUGCUGCUGACGGUGCAACGGCCCUGGCCCGUAUCGCAUCCGUUCUUUUUGGUCGAGCGACCCGCCUGGUGGCAGUAUCCGGUGGCGCUCGAGGCGGCCACACUCGACCGGCUUGCCGUUACGAACGUUAUCGUACUGCACACCGACUCGGAGGAUUGUCUGGAUCAGGAGCGGUGUGUGCGCUACCUGCAAAACACCGAGCGGAGCUGCUGGGCGGCACGGCGUGACCAUAUCCCGUACAACUUCUUGAUCGGCGGGGACGGUGUGACGUACGAGGCGCGCGGCUGGAAGAGUCAGCACGGGUUCGUCGAUCUGCCCGGCCGCAACACAACGCUCGUGGUGGGCAUGAUCGGCAACUUCACCGACCGUCAACCGGCGGAAGUACAGUACGCCGAGCUGAAGGCAUUCAUCACCGAGUCGAUCCGGCGGCUUAGCCUCUCGCCCCAGUACCGCCUGCACGGAGCGGUCAAUGCAACGCGUCCCUCGCGAGACGGUACAAUCGCGCUGUACAGUCAGCUGGAGCGAUGGCCACACUGGAAGGGGUUCGUCGCUCGCGACCAACCGUGAUCAUCGUUUGCGCCAUUUUCGGACACCGCGUAAAGUAAACACUGCGCUGCGCUUUCUGUGGGACAUAUUUUAUUAGGCCAAAAAGCUGUGUAGAGGUUUUCCUUGUACCCGAUAGGCUCACAAGUACAUCUCCGUGUCGUUCUUGCCAUAUACAUAUAUAUUCUGAGCUUCUUCCUUGGUUUUGUGAGUGUGUGGUCCCACUAAAAUCAACCUAAGUCCGCGGGUAUGGGCCCGUUCGGGUAGCUCUAAAAGUAUUACAUUGUGCCUAACGCUAGACGCCAUUCUGUGGCGUGCCUUAUACGUUUCGUGGCCAGAAAGCGCACUCGAAUACACACUCGAAAAACUUCACUCACUUAAGGAAAAAAAGUAGGGAAAUUAACAAAACAUGGGGGCGAUAAGAAAAACACUGUGAAAAUAGUAUAAAAAUCCAACGAAACGAUAAAAAGAAAAAAGAGGAAAAUACACAAAAACAAAGAAGUUUAACAGCUACCAA